AAAUGGCGUCAGAUGGUCUAUUCUACGAUUCGCUUGAGGAAGAAGAGUUUCCAGACUUAAAGUCGAUGCAUAUAACAUCCGACAAAACUAAUAAAUCGGACAUAUCUUUAUCAGUUCCUUUAUAUACAAGAGAAACUUCCAAAGCUGAAGUAUUAUCUAAGAAAUCACUCAGCAGUUCGCAAAAAUCGCGCUGUAAGUUAACUAAACCCAUGCGAUCCCAACAAUCCAACUUAAUGUCGAGCACAACCUGCAUGAGUCAACUAUUUGCCGACUCAAAGGUCAAAAAGUCCUACGUGGAUCUUUUUCAUGCAAAAAUAGGCUACGUGCAAGGCUCAGAACCCACAGAAACAAGUCGGGCGGUUUGUGACGAUGACAGUUUCAAAACCGCACGCAGUUCAGCACAGAGUGACUACUCCGACGCAGAAACUUCUUCGUUCGUCUCGGAUACAAGUUUCUACACCAAGUUUCUAGAAAACGAGAAGUUACUCACCGACCAAAUGAGUUCGGUGAGCUGCCAAAGCGGACACAGUGGUCGCACUGUCAUUAGCAAAGUCAGCAAUGCUAAGAAUUCGAACUUAAAGUUCAAGUGUAAUUCGAAGAUAUCCAAAUCCACUACAGGCUUACCUAGUGGAGGAAGUAAAGUUCAUAUUAAAAGUAAAAUUGAUAGACCAAUCUUGAAAGUGCCCACGUUGGGUGGACUCGGGCCAGAUCGCGAAGCCGCCAAGGAAAAACUCGAUAAUUUGAAGAAACAGCAGAAGUAUGGACAGAAGGUCAGCAAUCAAAACCGGGUGAAAAUCAUGGAGAUGAAAGUAAUGAAGAAUUUCAAGUACGAGCUGAAAAAGUCUAGCGAAUUGAAUAAAUGCGCCGAGAGUGUUUUACACACUUAAACCAAUGUUUUAUUGUAGUCCAAUUUACUUUAAAUCUGUUAUUGGAAUCAAAAUAUUAAGUUUUUAAUCUUUUUUAUUCACUGCCUUAGCACAGAAAAAUAAGUGUGCAGUAAACACAAUUGUAGUGGAAUAUGAAUAACAGUAAUAAUCGAUACUUUUAAUACACUGAUUUGUCCAUCAAA